CAACACAGCACUAUAAUGACUACGCAGCACAGGGUUAAAGGUAACUAUACAAUAUAUAUAACCAAACAGUUAAGUAACGAGCAUGCGCUUGUGCAAUCGUUACACAAGUGCAUCACGUGCUGCGUGUUUGUGCUCAUGGUGGUCGCGCGGACUUCCGUGCGUUUGGUUUGGCGUCAUUUUGUCCAAAACAGAAUGGGAGAUAUGUCCUCCAAAAUGCGAAUGCCGUCUUCGGAGGAAGCGCUACCUGGAAGGGAGCAGAGCAUGAAAUUGUCAGCUAAACACGACGUGAAUGGUAACAGGACAGUGCCACCGUUCCCAGAGGGAUUGCAGAUGGUCUUAUUCGGCAUGGGUUGUUUCUGGGGAGCUGAGAGGAAGUUCUGGGUGCAAAAGGGGGUCUAUUCCACUCAAGUGGGCUACUCUGGCGGUUACACCCCAAACCCCACCUAUGAAGAGGUGUGCAUAGGUAAAACAGGACACGCAGAGGUGGUUCGCGUGGUCUAUGAGCCUGAGAAAAUCAACUUUGCACAGUUGCUCAAGGUAUUUUGGGAAAGCCACGAUCCAACACAAGGAAUGCGCCAGGGCAACGAUGUUGGAGUGACCUAUCGAUCAACCAUUUAUGCGUAUACACAGGAACAGCUCGAUCAGGCAUUGCACUCCAAGGACGAAUAUCAGAAGAUGCUGACUGAAGAGGGUUUUGGAGCCAUCACCACAGAAAUAACAAUGACUAAGGAGUUCUACUAUGCAGAAGACUAUCACCAGCAGUACCUCAGCAAGAACCCCAACGGCUACUGUGGACUGGGUGGCACCGGGGUCUCCUGCCCAAUAGGGCUGAAGAGUAAAAAUUAGCAUGCUUUUACUAUCCUAUGGUUAGACAAAUUCAUAUUAACUUGCCUUAAUUGAAGCAAUCACCACUGCAGUACCCAGGCCUACAUGAAAUUGUUGGAUAUAAAUAAAAAUUGUAUAAUACAACUGCUUUAUAAUGCUUUGUGUAGGCUAUGUGUGUUUUGUGACCAAUGCGUUUGAUAACAAAAUCAACUGACAUUUUUUCCGUGUAAUGCAAUGACAUGCGUACAUUAAGUGUGGCUUAAGUGCCUAUAUACUUUUUGGGUCCACUGUGUACUUGAGAUUUAAAUAAAAGGACACAUUCUUGUCUAUGGCAGGCAUGAUUGUGGGUUCA